UGAUUGAUCAUGUUGUAUAACUUGGAUUAAGUUGAGAAAUAAUAACGUGCAGCAAACAUUGGUUGGAGUUGUUUAAAGUGUAUUAAGUAGUAGCUGUGAUGUUGGACAUAGCACAAAUUAGAAAAAUAGAUAUGGCCAGUAAUAGUGCCAUACAAUAGUCAUGAAUAACCUUAACCAGUGUUGACUGGACAAAUAAAAUUUACUGUCAUAAAGUGGAAGAUGAAUUCAGGGACUGUAUACAAGACACUUCUCUAGAUCAGUAUGUUGGAGAACCCACUCGAGAAGAUGCUAUUUUGGAUCUUGUUUUGUACAAGAAAGGGUUAAUUGAUGAUAGAAUGUGACAUUGAAGUUGAAAGUGUUAUGACGAUUAGAAAAAUUAAAUCUGUUUCUCUUUCCACAGAUACUGCCUGGUCUGUUGAGAAUUUUUCACAUUUUCAGCUUUUGUUUGAAAGUAGUGUAGCUCUGGCCUUCUAAUGACAUUAGAAAGGAUGUGAGGGGUGUUGGCUGUAAUUGACUGGGAAAAUGUAACUGGAAACUAUGAUAGUUGAGAGACCAUGAUUAGCACUGAAAUAAAUACAAGUCUCUGGUCCUACAUUCUGUUAUUGGGCAAAUUCUGUAGUCUGUCUUGUUUUGAAUCUGUAGUACCAAUCUGUAUUAACUAAUUCUAGCUAAAAUUUGUGGCUACUUAAUGAACUAGUUCAGUUUUUACUCUCUCAGUCAACAUUUCAAUCUUCAGAUUACAAACAGUUCUUUGAAACCCUUACUCAUUCUAGGGAGUGCCCAUACUUAGAAGCAUUCUACUGCUCAGAGGAAGUUGAUCAAAGUUGUUUUCCAUAUUCUACAUUUUUUGUGGUGCAGGACUAUUCAAGGCCUAAAGGUGCUGGACUUGUAAUGCAAACCUUGCAGAAAAAUAAUUUUCUGUAAAGCACAAAAUCACACACAAAUGCCAAAGGAAUUCAACAGGUCAGGCAGCAUCUAUGGAAAGGAGUACUGUUGACAUUUCUGGCUGAGACCCUUCAUCAGGACUGGAAAAGAAGAUGAGGAGUCAGAGUAAGGAGGUGGGGGGAGGGGAGGAAGAGACACAAGGAGAAAGGAGAAACUGGGAGGGGGAGGGGUGAAGUAAAGAGCAUGGAAGUUGAUUGCUGAAAGAGGUACAGGUUUGGAGAAGGGGGUACUGACAGAAGAAGACAGAAGGUGAUGGGAGAAAGAAAAGGGGAGGAGAACUGGAGGGGUUUGAUGGGUGGGCAAGGAGAUAGGUUGAGAGAGGAAAACGGGAAUGGGGAAUGGUGAAGGGUGGGGGAGGGGCAUUAGGGAACUAAGGUGCCUCAUCUGUGGCUGAACAGAAAAAUUAAAGAUAAUUAAAUUCAAGAAAGCCAAAAAUAUUACUGGAAUAGCAUUAGGGCUGAGAAUCAGGAACAUUUUGGAACUUACAAAAGGAAGACAGAUAUUGACGAAGAAAGGUAAGGUAGCGUAUGAAGGUAAAAUGGGAAGAAAUAUAAAAACAGAUUGUAAAAAAUUAAUAGUUACUUGUGAAGCAGUUGUGCCUCCUUCCACACAGAGACAGAAGAACUUACAAUGGUGUGUAGGCAACAGAACAGAAAUCAAACAAUUAAUUUUCAUGUGUCUUCAUUAAAGGUGACAGUCAGAUGACAGGAUACCUCAGAAAAUCAAUGUUCUAUUCAAAUUGAAGAACUGAAAGCACUAAAUAUAGGUCAAAAAAUAAAAUAGUGCUUCAGACAUUGCUAGGUUAAAUGGUGGUAAUCUCCAAGAACCUAGUAGUUCACACACCAAUAUUUCGAAAGUGGUGGCUUUAGAGAUAAUGGUGAUCGCCUUUAAAAGUUUUACACAUUCUGGAAUUGUUCACGUGGAUAGGAAAGUAGCAAAUAUGACACCACUAUUUAAGAAUGGAGCAGGAAACCUGAUAUCCAUUGUAGGGAAUUUGCUGAAACUAAUAAUAAAGUAUGAAAUAACUAAUAGAACCCCUUGAGAAGUAACAAGACUGAGCAGAGCUGAUUUGGUUUAUGAAGGGGAAACUAAUCUGCUGUAGUUUUUUGAGGAUGUGACCAGAAGAAUAGUGAGGGGAACCAGUGAACGGGAUGCUUUUGGAUUUGGAAGGUGUUUCAUAAAGCCCCACACCAGAGGAUGAUUAACAUUAGAGCACAUGGAACUGGGGAUUGUAAAUAACUGGAUAGAAAGUAAAGAAAGGGAAUGAUGGUUUGUUGUCACCUUGGCAGGCAAUGACUGAUGGGACUAAAGUUUUCACAGUCUAUGUCAAUAACUUAGCUGAGGAGAGCUAAGAUACUAACCUAGCUGGAAUUGACAGUAUGGACAAGAUACAAAGAGUCUUUAAGGAGAAAAAGACAAAUUGAGUGAGCGAGUGAGUGGGAACAUAGCAGAAGGAACGUGAUGUGGAAUGGUGUGGUGAAAUUAUGUGUUUUUCUUGUGAAGGCUGUGAAAGCCGAUUAGCUGAUGAUAAGGGGCUAUGAUGUUGCUGCAAAUAGGUUUUUAAUUGCACCUGUGUAUACAAAUGCACUUGUGCAUAUAACAAUAAACUCGACUUUGACUUUCAAAAUAUCCAUAUUGCCGGAAGAGCAAAGAUCGAAGCGGCAGAGAGUGAGGCUGAUUAGCAGAAUUAUCGGAAGUGGCAGGAAGAUCUUUUUUCCCAUAACGUAUGGUUAUAAUAGAGACCAAUACAUUCAUGGCGUUGAAAAUGGAGCUGAAUAUGUAUUGUUACUUUUUUGGCAGGGCUAUUGAGGAAGGACAGGACAGGAAUUUUCCUUAUCUGGAGUCAGUAUUGGCCUUACGUGCUGUAACAUUUCCGCGAUCUUGCAAUUCCGUAAUCUAUUCACGUGAAUUUAGUAUUCGUUUACAGAGAAGGAUCAAUAAUCGGUAUGAUGACAGAAUUAUUUUGGCAGCAGCCUCGCAAAUUCCCCUGAUCCAAUCAAUGUUAAGAAGGGGCGGGGCUCACCUUGAUUCACCUAAUUUAUGCGGCAACGAUUAACAUUUAAUAAAGUUCACUCUUCCUGCAGCAGGCAUUCACUCAACAGUCCCUUCGGCUUCGAGAAGAUUCCACUAACUCAUCCAGCAUGUCAUCGCCGAGACCAGUGAGGCACAGAGUUUUUCAUGACCCAGGUUACUUCAGCAGUUAUUUAGACAAACUAGAGACAAAAAGCAAGAAAUACAAGAAGUACUGGACUGUGCUGAGAGGGAACGAGCUGUUCUUCCAGAUGACCAGCCGCGAUCCAACGUACAUUGAGAAACUCAGCCUUGAGAACUUUGUGUCAGUGGAAAACGAUAACAGCCACAAUAAUACCCAACAAUAUUUCUUUAUACUGAAGCUGAAAACUGGAGAAACCAAGUUUGAGGCAUAUAGUUCAGAGGCUCGAGAGCAAUGGAAAGGCUAUAUUCACACAGUUGCGAAGUUGGAAAUUCCAAAACUGGAUUUCCUCCCUGGACAGAUUUGCAGCCUUCAGGAGGUACUUGACGAGGAGAUGAAGCGACUGCCAAAGCCAACGUCUUCUCCACCACCACUGCCACCAACACGCUCGCGGCCACCAACUCCAGAGCUGGAACAAUCUGUCUAUGAUGAUGUAGAAAAUCAACAGCUCAGCUGCUUCUAUAAUGUCUCACGAGUUGAGGCUGAGGCCAUGUUGGAGAAAAAUGUAGAAUUUGGAAACAUGUUAAUGAGGCCCAACACUGAUAACAAGAACUUCUCGAUUACAACACGACAAGAAUUCAAUAACAAGUCAGUCAUAAAGCACUACCGGAUAAGCUGUGUGGACAAUGGCUACGUCAUUGAAAUUGACGAUGGGAUCUUGUGCAACAGUAAACAAGAUGUCAUCAACCUUUUUGUUCAACAAACCAAAGGAGUGCUGAAGCCUUUAGAAAUACCAAAAGAUUAUGAAAUGAAUCUGAGUUAUGUGCAAGAAGAUGCUGAAAGUGGAGAACUGAUUCAUAGGAAUUUGCAUACAUUGAAUCUAUCACCAGCCAAGACAACAAUUGAACCAGUUAAGCAAAUGAAACAGAGGCCAAAGAUUCCAAAAAUUAUCGAACUAGAAGUAGGGCACCUUGAUGAUGAUGAUGGAAUACCCAAAGAAUCACCGCCAGCACAAUCAAAAACUCAACAACUAGCAACCCCCUCUCAGUCUAGCACUCUUCCAGCACUAUCACGGGCUGUUAAUGCAGAGCUGAAUUUAAAGUUGAUGCAGAGAAGGGCAGCAAUGUACGACUGAAAGACUUCCUGCUGAGAUCCAUGUUCAUUUGUCAACCUGUGGAACAUCAGUGAAGACUGGAAUUGGAGUGAUACUUGUGACAUGCCUGAGCAUGUUGCAUUUGACUUUCAAAAACUGUCCUUCUCACUCAACAACGCUAAGCCUCUUCACAAAAGCUACAUUUUAAAUCUUGAUCCUGAUUAUGUACAUGGUUUGAUUGUUAUUUUCAUUGCACUUCUAGUUCAAAGAUGGCUAUGAAUAUUAAUUUAGAUGAGAACCAUUACAUAUUAAAGCAAAAAUUGUGAAGUGCAGUGAAAUUACUCUAGGGGGGGUGCUCAGUUAAAUAGAGAAAUUCUAAGACUUGCCAAAUGAAGAAUGGGACUUGUGAUCCCAUGAGCUGUCAACUCCAUCGUUGAAAUCCCAGCCUUACUCCAAUAUCUAAAACAUCCAGAUUGUAUUAGUUGGUGGUUGGGACUGCACUGAUACAAAAUAUUGGAAACAAUCAAGGAAAUUGGUAAAAAUCUACUAACUUUUCUAUUAAUCAAUUAAUGGUCUACAAUAACCUGACGGAAUCUUUUGUUUGAAAAGUGCCUAUCAAUUUAAUGUACUUUAAUAUACCAUAGUGUUACAAGUGAUGUUGACUAGCCUUUGGUAUUUUGAACAAAGGAACAAAAAUAUGCUACAAACGUUGAGUUUUUAAAAGUGAAAAGCAAUUUCCAAUGUAAUUGAAUAUUGGGAGCAUAGUUAGAACUGGGGAUGAAGACAUAGGCAUUUGACUGCUUUUCUUGAAACAGCAGGACUCAAUAUUGAACUAUUCAACCUGGACUGUAAAAAGGAGGAGAGGAAGAUCUUAAAUUAAGAAAUCAAGUUUAUUUUCUUCAAAAAAAAUAUUACUCCACACAUGACCAGAUCUCUAAAUUAUUUUUUUUUUUACUUCCUAUUAGUUUAAUAUAGAUCUAUUCCCUCAUGAAUGGAAUUGAAUUGCCAUUAAAAUAGGUAAAUAAUCCUUGCAUGGAUCACAUCUAUUCAAGAAAUAUGUGGGUCCUGGAAUGUGGAGGAAGGAAAUCUAGCUUUGGCACAAAAAAUGUCAAAAUUGGUAUUCUGAAGUCUUGCUCAAUAGGUUUUUUGCAUGGCUGAGGAGAAUGUGAAAGGUUAGUGCAACUGGAAGGAAAUUUGAAGACCAUUCCCUUAGGAGAGUAAAGUGAAUUAAGAAUACAUGAGAAUCAAAUGUUCUUUGUAAGCUGCUUUCAGUAUUCUUCAUAGAUCAAAUUUUUUUUGAAUUCCUUUUGUAUAAUGUAUUGGCAACUCAAAAUACAAGUUGUAUAGAGGAGAAAAGAUCAGAUUUAAAAAUGGGCAAGUCUUAAAAGAUUGAGCUCCACCACUAGAGUGCAGCCUUCUCUUUUUAAAUACUGUGGUACCCUGUUUGAAUCAGUCGUCUAAACAUAUUUCAGGUAACGUGAGCUUUACAAGAAAGCUGUGCAGAGUAAUCAGCAAUGCUGUGUAAUAGAUCUGAAGGGACUGGGUAAACAUUAUGCUCUUGUAUAACUUUGAUAUUAGAAUAUUAGUGAUUUAUUCACCUAUUAAUAUACUUUGAAAUAAUCUGUUUGUAACUGAAUUAUUUCUAUGAAUAGUCUCCACAUGGUCAGAGUUUAAUCAAAGGGAGAGAAGUUCCCUUGCAUUCCUGUCAAAUAUGGGGGGAGGGGGGGAGAGGGAUUGAGUCAUACGGCUAAGUAAUACUGGCCAAAAGACAGAACUUCCGGCUGCUGUGGCAUGAUUCUACUUCAGAUGUUCUUUUAAAAACAACAAUAGUAAUGCUAUUAAAGCAAUUACUGGAAAUGUAUUGGUUAUACCAAUUAAUGUAAUUAUUUAAUUGCAAGCAUAUUAUUUGUUUUGUAAGAAAAUAAAGUCUUCUGAAAUAAUACAGAAUUUUAAAAAAUAUA